AUGCCAGUAACCACAUAUGACCCCAGAAAACACGUUGGGGUUCAUGCAGAACGUGUUUCCCAUGUUUCCAGCACUAACUUUCCUGGACACUACCCAAAUGAGGACCACUCAUGGGACCUCGAGAGAUUCAGGAAGGGACUAACCGUCAAAAUAGAAAGAUUAUCGAACCGCACCAUUGAAUUUGACCUUGUAGGCGUGGAUGCAUCCAUCGCAAAUGCUUUCAGGAGAAUACUGAUCGCCGAGGUUCCGACGAUCUGUGUCGAAAGAGUUUACGUUUGGGAUAACACGUCGGUUGUGGUCGAUGAAGUGCUUGCGCAGCGGAUAGGCCUCGUACCUCUGAACAUCGAUCCGGCUCUCAUGGAUAUGAAACAAAGUGCAAAUGAUCAGGCUACUGACCGCAAUACACUCGUGUUUCGAUUACAAGUUGCCUGCGAGCGUCGGAAGAACGCGCCAAAAGAUACCACAGACCAAAGCAAGCUGUAUAUCAACCAUGAAGUCCUGUCCUCACAUUUGAAAUGGAUUCCACAAGGAGAGCAAGAGAUCGUUAUGGCAGACAAUCCCCCCGCACCUACGAAUUUAAACAUCGUGUUGACGAAACUACGACCUGGGCAAGAAAUUGACAUGGAGCUACAUGCUGUCAAGGGAGUAGGGAAAGAUCACGCAAAAUUCUGUCCAGUUGCGACGGCGUCAUAUCGUCUACUACCAUUGGUGAUUUUGAACCCAGAAAAGCCUGUACCUCCAGAGCUUGUAGAAAAAUUUCAAAAAUGCUUCUCGUCGGGUGUCAUUCGAAUAGAUCCUCGAACGAAAGCUGUCAGCGUGGACAGUAAGAAAACACGAAACGAGACGAUGAGCCGAGAAGUAUACAGACAUCCAGAGUUUGAAGGAUGCGUUCAACUUGCUCGAGUUCGAGAUCAUUUCUUAUUUAACAUAGAGUCUGAAGGAUUUUAUCCUCCACAACGUCUACUCCCAGAAGCAAUUGCUGUCAUGCGAGCCAAGAUUGCUACUAUCAAGCGUGCUACGGAGACGCUACUAAAUAAUGGUGAUGGCCUAGGUGACGUUGAGAUGGCAGGUGCUUAG